CAUUCACGACUCACGCUCAGCAUUACAAUGUGACUUCUCAAGUCAAUUACUAUAACCUUUGCCUCAAAACUAGAGCAGUUCUCGUCGCUAAGUACCUACUGCACAUCAAAGAUGGCCGAGUACAGCAAGACCGAAGAAGGCCCACCAACUCAAUGGAACUAUGAAUUUGUGGAGAUCUCGAACAAUUUACGCCCUCAAUUACACAGAUGGCAGCGAAGGCCCCAGAGAAUCGUCGAAUUCAAGCCAGAUGAUGAUCAGUACUUUGGCCUAAAGGCAACUCCUGCUGCCCACACCAUUGACGAGCUGCCAUCGCUGUCAUGGGCCAAGGAUGAUUCUUUCAUUCUGGAUUUCGGUAUUCACAUGGUUGGGUAUGUCUCGUUUCAUUUGGACUCCCGCGGAUCGCACAUGGAUGCUCCAUGUAGGCUAAGGUUCACGUUUGGAGAGUCGCCUCUGGAUGUAACACUGGGAAUGGACAACGUCAAAACAUGGAUCAGCACGAGUUGGUUACCUGACGAGGUUCUGAAUAUCGACAUGUGCCCGGAGCAAGUAGCCCUGCCCCGACGAUAUGCUUUCCGCUAUGCGCGGGUGGACAUCGUCGACACAUCGCCCAAAUAUCAAGUUGUAUUUUCCGAUUUCACCUGUGAGAGUGUCAGCGCUGUCAGCCAAAGCUGCAAAUUGGAUAUGCCACAACUACAAGACCCUCUUUUGCAGGCUAUCGAUCAUGCCAGUAUCUCGACGCUGCGAGAUUGUAUGCAGACUGUGUUUGAGGACGGCCCGCGACGUGACCGACGAUUGUGGAUGGGUGAUCUUCGUCUUGAGGCGCUCGCGAACUACAGCACUUUUCGAGAUUUUCAACUUGUGAAGCGCAACCUCUUCCAGUUUGCGGCCGUGGCCCGAGUGGACGGUUCGCUUCCUGCCUGCAUUUUCGAGCAGCCAAGGUUGACACCAUCGACGGACUAUAUCGUUGACUAUGAUGUGCUUUUCAGCGCCACCGUUUACGAUUAUGUUGUAGCCUCCAAUGACCUUGAGACUGGCAGGGUCCUGUGGUCAACUGUCCUUGGCUGUGUGGGACGAGCACUAUCCAAUCUUAACCCUGAUACAUACAUGUACGAAAAGUCUCGCUCCAAAGACUGGAACUUUCUCGACUGGCAAGAUGGUCUUGAACAUAGUGCUGGAUUACACGGUGUGUUGUUGUUUUCUCUAAAGGCGAUUCAGUCACUGGGAGAGUUGCUGCGUCUCGAAAGUCCGUUCAGAGAAACUGAAGUUCGGAUGACCGAAGUAGUAAGGCAGUUCAUUUCCCCUGAAGGAUGCUUCAUAUCUGGAUCGGAUGCCCAAAUUAGUUAUGCUUCGGCCUCGUGGCUUGUUCUUUCCGGAGCCUUACCAAAGGAUAUGGCACGCCAAGCAUUAUUGAAGACAUUGGCCCAUCCAGAUGCGUUGAAGCCUUUGACACCUUACCUGUGGCAUCACGUUUGCGAUGCGCUCGCAUCUGUGGGUUGUUAUGAUGAGUGUACAAAAACCAUCAAGUCUUACUGGGGUGGAAUGGUGAAGGCGGGUGCAGAUACGUUUUGGGAGGCGUAUGACCCUAAGGAUAGUCAUGCUAGUCCUUACGGAGACGUCAGGAACAAUAGUUUCUGUCACGCCUGGAGCUGUACUCCGACAUACCUUCUUCGUGCCAGGCUGGGAGAUUCUUUGGCUACACGGGGGGAGCCCAGAAGCGUGACGGUGUCUGAGCUCGACGAGGCAUGGGUGAAACGACAGCUAAUGCACAGCGAAGAAGAGCGAAACGCAUAUUUAAAUUAAGGGAGGAUUCGACCGGAUACAUAGUAUUCUACAACACGUAUCACUACAAUAUUUCUAGGUGCAGGGUGAAAAAGAGCAAAACCCCAAUCGAUGUUCACAAGCC